AUGGACGUGACGCCGCUCAGAGUCGCCGCUCUCGUUCUUAAUCAUCAUGGUAUUCCGAUAUGCACUAUCGGAGAGCUUGCGCUGAAUUAUUACAACGUUCCCCGCGUCUGUCAUGAUGUUGAGAUAUGCAUUUCCGAGUCGACCAGCUCGGCGGCAGCAGACGUGCUUUGCUGCACUGGGCUUUUCGAGAUGCAUGAGAUGGACCCCGAUUUUAACAAUUAUACAGAGUAUAAGCGUGGUGUUCCUCGCGUACGGACUACGGCCUGGUGCCAACCACAAUCUCUCGUCAUAUUUCAGGCCUCCGUUUUUGGCCUCGAUCCGGUAAAGGAUGCCCUGCUACCGCCUAGUUUCUGUGGAAAACAUGUUUAUAUUAGCAAAGAAAUGGAACUCCUUCGGGAAGAUAUCGCCAACUUGCAUCUGCCCAAGCUAGCGCCGCUGCUCAAAGGCAUGGCCCGGAGGUUCUUGGAUACAAGGGAUGACCCGGCCAUGAUGGCCGUCGAGCAGCUCGUUGAUGGAAUGGAUCUCGACGAAACUUGGGCGGUCAGCCAGCUCGGCGAUUCUGACCCCGCUGUUCUAGACCUCAUUUUGCGCCAAGUCAAGGGAAAGAAGUGGAGAAUAGACUAUUUCUCGGAGAAUGAGAUCACUUGCUUCGUUUCAAGUCGGGAGGAGGCUGGGAAGCUACGGUUAAUACCGGGUUAUAUAUGA